UGGAACUUUCUAACCUGGCAGUUUUCACUUUUCAUUUCUCAGAUUUCACUCUCAGACAGAACAGUUGAUGUUGACACACUGUUCAUUAAAAAUAGCAUCCACUGUAUUUUUCCCCAUGUUGUAGCUCGUGGGCUUGUGUCACCUUAACCCAUAGAGUCCAUGUUCAUUUUCAAGCAAGUUAUUACUUUCGUGAUUUCAGGUGUUACAUUCAGAAGGGUACCAUGCUGCAAUUCGAGCCUGCAGUUUCCAGAGUAAUCCCAAUGUGGAAGAUUUUGAAAAACCUCUUCAAACAAGGAGCUGAACCCACAGAAUUAUGUGACCAACAAAGCCUGAGCCUUUUGCUUCACAAUGCAGUCCAGAUCCCUCGGCAGCUGGGUGAGGUACCUUCAUUUGGAGGCAGCAACAUUGAACCAAGUGUCCGCAGUUGCUUCCAACAUGGCCAGAACAAACCAGAGAUUGAUGUUAAACACUUUGUAGAGUGGAUGAGACUGGAGCCUCAGUCCAUGGUGUGGCUGCCUGUUCGACACCGUGUGGCAGCUGCUGAAACUGCAAAACAUCAGGCUAAGUGUAACAUCUGCAAAGAGUACCCACUCGUAGGUUUCAGGUGCCGCAGCCUCAAACACUUAAAUUAUGACAUCUGCCGAAGCUGUUUCUUUUCGGGACGCACAUCCAAGGGGCACAAGCUACAUUACCCAAUGGUGGAGUACUGCACUUCAACAACAUCAGGUGAAGAUGUGCGUGAUUUCACCAAGGUGCUGAAAAAUAAGUUCAGAUCAAAGAAAUACUUGGCCAAGCAUCCUCGUUUGGGUUAUUUCCCAGUACAAACAGUCCUAGAAGGACACAAUCAUCGCCUUGGAAGCUUCAUCACGAUACUACUUUGCAUUUCUGAAGAGGGAAGAAGAAAUCAAUAUGCAAAUUCAAUUCCAUGGUUUUGGAAGUCCCAUUGAGAACACGAUUCAUUUGCGCCGGCACAAUGCUCUGACCGAGAAAGAAUUGAAGUACCACGCUGAGUAUUGUUAUCCCGAUAGUUCUUUCGUAUCAGUCCGUGUGUAUUCCUGGGCGAAUGUGCUCGUGUGGUCUCAGGAGUUGCGGAGG